AUGGCAGGUACAUCGCGGCAUGACCGAGAGAUGGCAAUCAGUGCCAAGAAGCAGCUGGCGAAUUGUUCAGACCCCAUUGAGCGUCUGAGGCUACAGUGUUUGGCACGAGGGUCUGCAGGAAUCAAGGGACUGGGCAGGACUUUUAGGAUCAUGGAUGAUGAUAACAGUCGCACACUGGACAUGAAAGAGUUUCUGAAAGGCCUGAGUGAUUAUGGUGUGCUCAUUGAGAAAGAAGAGGCUAUGAACCUUUUUCAACAAUUUGACAAGGACGGCAGUGGAUUAAUUGAUUUUGAUGAGUUUCUUAUCACUCUGAGGCCACCUAUGUCUAAUGCCAGAAAGGAGGUGGUGCUACAGGCAUUCAAAAAGCUAGAUAAGACCGGAGAUGGUGUGAUUACAAUCGAGGAUCUGAGAGGAGUAUACAAUGUCAAACAUCACCCCAAAUACCGAAACGGUGAGUGGACCGAAGACCAAGUAUUCCGCAAAUUCCUGGACAGCUUUGACUCUCCGGAUGACAAGGAUGGGAAGGUCACAAAAGAGGAGUUUUUGAACUACUACUCCGGAGUGAGCGCAUCCAUUGACACAGAUAUCUACUUUAUAUUAAUGAUGAAAAAUGCAUGGAAGCUUGACUAA